CACCGCUAGUGUCCGGUUGUUUCCGGAAACGAAAGUAUAAAAUGGCGGCACCAAAAAGUACUCCAAAAGAUGCUCAAGUGAUGCAAGCAAUUUUAAGAGACAUGGCAGUUACUGAUUAUGAGCCAAGAGUUGUAAAUCAAAUGCUAGAAUUCACAUAUCGUUACAUCACUGGCAUACUUGAUGAUGCUAGGGUGUAUCAGAACUAUGCAAAGAGGAAAAACCUAGACUUUCAGGAUGUGAAGUUGGCAAUUCAAAGUAGAAUGGAUUUCUCUUUUACUUCUCCACCACCUAGAGAUCUUGUGAUUGAGCUGUCAAGGCAAAAGAACAGCCAACCACUACCCAUUAUCAAGCCACACACAGGUCCAAAACUUCCACCAGACAGAUAUUGUCUAUUUGCCUGCAACUAUAGGCAAAGGGGCAAAAGGGUUGGUCCCAGACUACAACUGGGUGUUCAAAGCAUGACACCAAGGUUAAACAUUUCACCUCAACAAGGUGGAGCAACUUUGAGAACGGUUUCUCAGGCUGUGAGUAAGGUCAGUAAGUUACCUGGAGCUUGUUUAUCUCUGGUAACAAAGACGCCGACAUCACCUACUAUAACUAUAGUCUCAAGACCAUCAGUAACUACUUCAGCAUCCCCAGUUAGUAGUUCUGUUGCCAAGCAGGUUACAG